AUGGUAAUGAUCGGUGCGACGAAGAUGGCUAUGAUCGUGAAGCGAGCUUGCGAAGUUGGCUUGACAAUCGGUGCGCAACGGAGAUCAUUACGUCUGGCCGUAGCUGCACAAUAUGUGGAGCAAAUGCGUGCCAGAAUCCGGGAAUGCACUCAGUUACAGUGUUCAGGAGGAAUCGGAAAUAAUAAGGUCAAUCAUGUUGCCAAACUGAUUUGUGCACGACAUAAGCCUCGACAUCAAACUAUCAUUCCAUCUGAUCACGUGCCAGUCAUCUUCAGCCAGACACCAGUUGGUGAUUUACGAAUGUUGGGAGGGAAGUUGGGUCAUGCGAACAAAGAUAACUUGGGAGAUCUGGCUACGAUACCUUUUGAACUCCUUGAGAAGCAUUUUGAAAGGAAAGCAAAGUGGAUCAGCCAGCUGGCAAAAGGGCAUGAUGAUGAGCCUGUACGGAAUAAUCAGCUUUCCAUUGGUGUUAGCAAGAAUUUUUUGGGAAAGAAUGCACUGACUACAGUUGCUGAAGUGCGCAGGAUUCAUCCGGUAUUCAACCUUUUAAUGGAUGCUUCUCGUUUUACUGAGGGUAUAAGCGUUCAAUCACAGAACAUCAUGGGAUGGAUAGAAAAACGCACACAAUUGAAAGAGGCUGGGUAAGA